CAUUGACAGACAUCUUUUUUUGUGCUGCUGUGCUUAUUAAUUUCACAUCUCUAAAAAAAUCUCAUCUCAUCAAAUUUUUAUUGUGAGAAAAAGGUGACCUAUUCCAAGAUUUUCUUAUUAAUAUGAGUAAUGUGAAAGGUAAUCAAACUACAGAAAUAAAUGAAUCCAAUGGCAACGUCAAGCACGAUCCGACUAGAGUCGGUUGGGUGAAAUUUGAUGACGAAUCUGCACAAACAAAUAUCCCUAAGAAUCAUGUAUCUGAAGGAGUACCCACUACUGCAAAUUCUACUUCCGCAGAAAUCAAUUUGAAUCAAGCACCUGCAAUUUUGAAUACAGAAUCAGUACAUGUGAACCUUGAACGUGGAGAUCGAAAUAUAGAACCUGUAACUCUUAGCACUUUGUCAAAGAAUGUUGAGUUUAAUAACGUUCAUCGUGGAUUUUGUAAUGGUGACACUAUAGUGACACUGCUACCAGUCAAUAGCCAAUGGCCAUGGGUGACACCAGCUCGAUUUCGUCCAGAGCUAGUGCCAGAGGAACUAAUGGCACAGGGACUUACUCUCACUGUGGAAGAGUAUGUCCAUGCUAUGGAACUACUUGUGAAUGAUGGCAGAUUUACUAUGUACAACAUUUGCUACAAACGUGUGCUGGUUUGCUGGGUCAGUGUAGCAUUCAUAGUGUUGCUGUCCCUGUUAUUUUCUGGACUCACAGGCCUGAUACUGUUCUCACUAGGAGUUUUAUGGUUGAUACUUAAUGCAGCUGCCAUAUUUUUAUGUAUGUGGAUCAAAUUGAGACUUUCAAAAGGCAUGGAAAAAUGCAUGGCUACUGUCAACAGAUUGCUCAAUAAACACAAGUUAAUACUUGCUUUAGAUGAUAGAGGAAAAAUAUCAUGCCACAAAGUGAACUUGUGUUUCAUAUAUUUUGAUUCGGGGCCAUGUAUUGCUCAUAUCCAACAAUUCAUCGAAAGCGAGGAAGGCAAGUCCAUAAUGCAAGGCUGGGAACAGAGGCUUGAUGUCACGGUCAAUGAUAUAGUUAUCCAAGGAAGUCAGUCAACAAGACUGUCUAGGAAACAGGAGAGGGCGACGCUGCUGUACCUACGGUAUGUGGCUCGGUGGGGGGCGUACGCCAUUAAAAAUAGAUUGAAUCUCAGCAGCACAGUGCCGGGGCGCCAUGGACCAAAAUAUGUCUGCCCAUGUCAAUUCAUAGAAGAACAUCUGCAAACAAAACCUCCGGCGGGCAUCGCAAAAUUCUUCACUUUGCCCAAUCAAAAUGUCCAGUUAUACUAAAAUAUUAAUAUAAUCAUGUAUAAAUACAAAGUAUUGAAAUGAAAAUGUAAUCCGUCCACUGUGAGUGAAAAAUAAUAAUAUAUUUAUUUUUACCUUAAUAUUUUAGAAAUGUAAGAAAUUUUAAAUAUUCCAUUUAAUGUUAGCCAGACCAAUUCCGUCCAAUUAUUCUGCUCAACACAAUUUUUAAUAAGUAUUUAUAUUAGUAUGUGAAUUAAUAUUAGCUUUAUCAUAACUGUACUUAUUGUUACUAAUUUUUAAUGUCUAUAAGUGUAAUACAUGUUUAAUAACAAUUAGUUAAUAACCAGUCAUUGAUAAAAAAUGAAGUUUCGUUCUUAUAUUAAGAUUUACUUUAGUACAGUCAUCACUAUUAUAUAUACUAUAUUGGAAUAAUAUCGACUUCGGAAAUAGAUCAUCACAACUCUUAAAUGUCUCGUAAUCAAACCCAGUCAAACUUGACAUAAUAAAUUAUAGUCCGUCGCGUUAAAUAUUAGACGACUGGGGCAAUCUGUCGCCAAAUUUUCAAGAAACUAAACAUAUUUUUAAAUAUAUAUUUUUUUAACAAUACCAAAUUCAUUUACACAAAUUAAGUAAAGCUUACUCUAUUCCAUGCUUUAAUUUAACAUUUUCUAUUUGAAGUCACUUUUACAAGGAGAAUAUAGGCGGAGGCUUAUGUUCUGCAGUGAAUUUCUCGUCGGUAAGAUGAUGUACUGAUGUAAUGUAUGUAACAUAUUAGUUUUAAGUAUAUAUUCCCUAGUUUUAGUCUGACCACAUGUCAGGAAGGCCUGUGGUCACAUUAUAAUAUUCUUUUUCACAAUUACCAUAAAAUAGUUGAUUGUAUUUGUAAGAAUAAAUGUUAGUGCUGGGAUGUAUGCAGCUGGUGCGGAUUAGAUCUAGUACAUUUAUUUUUACAUAUUCAUAUCGAAUAUAGCCAUAUCAAAUAAGUACCAAUUUCUCUGUCAGCAUAUCGAAAAUAUUUAUUAAAAAUAACAUCACAAAUUGGGAAUCUAAGGCUCGAAUUUAGGAGUAUAAGUAUAUAGUUUUGAUUUAUUAUGGACUAUACAAACAGUAUGGCCUGAUAAACACAAUUUUGUAAGUACAUAAUAAUGAGCUACCAACUUUCCUUUUAAAAUAUUAGAUUUGUGAAAUGCCUUAAUAUAUUAAAAAAAUUGUAUUACUUUCGUGAAUAUAUUUAUGAAAUUCCUUAGUACUUAAGCCUUUCUCAAUUCUCAGCGAAGGCGAUUUCUUUAUACUUAUUGUUCUUUGAUACUUAUUGUUUAUAUACUACAUAUAAAUUGUGGUCAGUUAUAUAUAUAUAUAUAGCCACAUGUUCAUUAAGGUCACCAAUACUGAUGGAAUGGCCCAAGGAUCAGCAGUCUGUUAGUGGAAAGGCUAAGCUGUUAAUUGAACGUAUAAUCAGCUAAUUGCUUGUGUUGUGGCUUACACAUUAAUUUAUUAAUAAUAAAAUGAUACCUGUAUAUUACUUGUGGGAGGACUGAGAGGUCAUCCUACAUUUGUGCUUAAGGGUUGAUUUAUUUGUAUUUAACGUAAUUAGUUAAAGUAGUUAUCCUAGCUACCUUAAACACAAAUUGCCUAAGAAAUGUCAAGGAAAAUACAAUAGAUUUGCCAAAAUAUUUUAAAUGGGGAUGUUGUCAAUAUAGUUAACUUAUGGCUUUCAUUCGCAAGCCGGCCACGCACAAGCAUACACCGUUAUGCAAAUCAUACUUUUCCAAUUUUAACAUAGAUACCAGUAUAUGUAUAUAGGUACAACAGAUUAUUUUGUAUUAUAGUCAAGUGGUAGUGACAGAUUAACAAUUCAUUUGUGCUUACAAACACAAAGCAAGCCAAGAGAAUGCAAAAUAUUCAAAGAAUUUCAAUCUUCUCAUUUUAUAAAUAAAUAAAAAAAUAGUUUUCAUGUUCUAUUUUCAUUCAUUCAUUCAUUCCGGCCCGACUUUGCAUUGUUAUGAAAAACCGAUAAUAUUUGAGACUUCGUAGCGAAGCUUUGCAUUUUAAUUAAAAUUAAUAUAAAUGUACUUAUAUAAUAUGAAAUAUAUAAAAUUAAACGACGCCGACUAACUACUGAAGGAGCAGGAGGAGAGUAGGAAUUUAUAAAUUUCACAUUCAAGCAAAAGCUUUUACUACGUGGUCUUAGCAUGUAUUUAAUAAAUGCGUAUCUAGUAUACGACUAACUGAAUUUUGUGAUUGUCUACAUUCCAUCAUAAAAUUGAAGGAAAGGUCUUAUAAGUAAAUAAUAUUCUUUCGUCUGUAACAUAAUUAAACGUAUAUUUACGAUUAUGAAACUUGUGUUAAUGAUAUAUAAUAUACAUAUAAUUUAUACAUUA